CAGAGCGCGGGGGGGCGGAAGCGUUGCGGCGGCUGCAGGGAGGGUCCGGCUCCCGCUCCCGCUCGCAGGUCUCGGCUCGGCCUCGCUCCGCACCAUGGGCACCCGCGAUGACGAGUACGAUUAUCUCUUCAAAGUUGUACUUAUUGGAGACUCUGGAGUAGGCAAGAGUAACCUUCUGUCUCGAUUCACUCGCAAUGAGUUUAACUUGGAAAGCAAAAGCACCAUUGGAGUAGAGUUUGCAACAAGAAGCAUUCAAGUUGAUGGGAAGACAAUAAAGGCUCAGAUAUGGGACACAGCAGGACAGGAGCGAUACCGAGCUAUCACAUCAGCGUACUACCGUGGAGCUGUAGGGGCAUUAUUGGUGUAUGACAUUGCCAAGCACCUCACCUAUGAGAAUGUAGAGCGAUGGCUGAAAGAGCUGAGGGACCAUGCUGACAGCAAUAUUGUAAUCAUGCUUGUGGGAAAUAAGAGUGACCUGCGCCACCUGAGAGCAGUGCCUACAGACGAGGCCAGAGCUUUUGCAGAGAAGAAUGGUUUGUCAUUUAUUGAGACGUCUGCUUUAGACUCUACAAAUGUGGAAGCAGCUUUCCAGACUAUUCUGACAGAGAUCUAUCGUAUCGUGUCCCAGAAGCAAAUGUCGGACAGACGUGAGAACGACAUGUCUCCAAGCAACAACGUGGUUCCCAUUCACGUCCCUCCAACCACUGAAAACAAACCAAAGAUGCAGUGCUGUCAGAAUAUAUAGAAUCGCUGGUUCUUUCCUAAAAGGCUGUGUAUAUUCCCCAGGUCCAAGAUUUAAAUAUAUUUGUAAUUCUUGUGGUUCCUUUCCUGUGUUUAGUUACUGCUUAUUCCUUCUCAAUUUCUCCAUGUCUUAAACACUCUGAUUUCAGUGUUUAUAAAUCUAUUACUUCUAUAUGGCUGCAGUAUUUUCCCAACACCGACUUGUCGGUUUUGAGUCAGUGAAUAGUUUGGAGCUGAGCUCAUCUCUUUCCACCAUGAUGCCCGCUAGUCAGAGCACAGACACCUUUAGUAAGCACUAGAAGAUGUUAUUCUGCUCCUCACAAAGCGAUUGCUGUCAGGUUAACUGGGGAAAUAUCUCUGAGCAGGAUCAUCUUUCCUUGGCUGCAUCUAAAGCUUGGUGAAACGCCUGUUGCUCUGAAGUGCAAUUUUAAUGUAAGUUAAAUGUUUUUGGCUACAUCUUCAGAUAGUCAAGUUAAGGAUAUGGGUGGUUUUUUUUUAAUAGAAUAUUAUGGGGGAGAAAAGAGAAUUUCUUGCCAAAAAGCAGCAGGGUUCUUACUAACCUGUGAGUGAGCUUUUGUGGUUUGGCACCUGCUGCAGAGGAGGUUGUGAUGUGAGGCAGAGCUGCGGGAGCCUGGUGGGACUCCACAUGAGGGGGCCCUUGGGAAGAACGUGGGAGCACGAGCUGUGUAAUGGAUUAAGGGUCAGGCCAACACUGGAACUUGCAGUGUGGUUUUGUGCUGCCCAAGACUUGGCCUCCACAGUGCUGGUGGUGUCAGGAUUUGAGGAUGCCUUUUUCUCUUUCACGGAACUUGAAGGAUGUUGUCACAUUAUUAAUAUCACGUUUAUUAAUACAUGCCACACAGAUUAGUUUAUUCAGUGCUGGAUGAACUUCCACAACCAGGUCUGAGUUUUCAGUUCUGUUUCACCCAAUAUUUCCAAAUUAUCCCAGUAGUUUGGUUUCUGUUCUUUGACAGAAACCUCCAGAGUAGUUUCCUUGCUGGAUGGGUUCCCUCUGUGGUCAGUGGCUCAGUACAGAUCAUCUGUUGGAUCAGCUUGUUCAGGGAUAUGUGAACUGUGCCUUCUGUCACUGCACUUGCUGCAUCUCACUCCAUAUGUGCUCUUCCUAAACAUGCCAUUAAUCCUGAGAUUUGGGGGCUAUGGGCACUGGCUUUCUCCAGGGUUUAAAAGAACAGUUUGUUGUAUGAAUGCCUGCAGUUAUUUAUACAAUUAUGGGGACUGUAAGUGGUUAGAGGGGACGUUUCUCAAGCUCUGAUAGGACCCACUUGGAGCAUCCCAGUCUGGGUAAGGCACUACCAGCUGCGUUUCGUACCCAACCUUUCUGUCUCGCGGUGCUCAUGAUGUGUAAGGCACACGGAAGGCAUUGCUGUAGUCGGUCACUUGUGUUUUUUUAAAUCCACUUCUCCUCCUGGUAUUAGUUCUGAAGAUGCUGGUUUGAUCUGUUUGUAAAUUACUUUGUAUUUUAUGCAUGUACUGUACCUUGAUCCAAUAUUAUUAUUAUUUUUUUUUUUUAGAUUGAUUUAAAAGAUUUUCAUCCAUGAUUCUAAUAAAGAAUUACAGGGGACGACUCA